AUGAAUGCUCAUGGAGCUGCUGUUUUCUCUCAACAGCUCGGAACCGUGGCAGCAGAAGCUUCCAAUUUCCUAAAGCACUUUGCAUCGGCAUCGACAACGAGAACGCCCAUCUCGAAACGAUUGUAUCAUGCACAACGACUUUCUAUUGGCAAUAUCCGGGGACCUAUCGGAAAGGCCGAUCUGGAUCGUGCAGUUGCUGAUGCGACCUUGUUGUUGAAGGCUCACCCUCGUAUUGCAACCAUGACAACAGCGACCAUGCAUCGAUCAUUUCAUUCAUCCGCUAGAGCUUCUUCAUCCGCCUUGGCUCGCUCCUUUCGAUUCGUAAAUCAUCGACGAUUGAUGAAGCUUGAACAAGACGCCAACAUGUUUGCACAGGAUCCAAGGCGGCAGGCCGCCUUGUACAAGGAAUGGUUACGAGCCAAGAAUCCACAAGCUGUGAUUGCACGCUUUGAAAGAGGCAACUUUGCACAUGACGAAGAGUGUUGGCAGUACUAUAUUGCAGCAUUGGCCCAGACUGGACAAACAGAAGCCAUCUUGCCAAGGAUUAUGCAAAAGCUAGAGACAUCUAUGGAAGGAGGAAUAGCAAAUGCUGCUAAUAAUGCUGAUCAUGCAAUUCCUGGCAAUGUAUUGCAAAAGUUGGUUGCUAGCAAGACAGGCAAACGAAUGGUAUCGGUGGAUGGUGUUGCUCUUCCUCAAGGUGCCGGCAGUAAGGAACAACCUAUUUAUGUCAUUGCAGAAGAAGCUCGCAAAUAUAUGGUUUGGCGUGCUGUACGAUGGGUCGGCGUGACAUUGACAUACGCAUUCUGUAUCUUGACAUUGUUGUCUUUGGUGUUUGAAAACUCGGGCCUGCUCAAGACAGCUUCUUCACAAAUGGAGUAUGAGCCAAGCAAUCAACAAGUUGUACGCUUCGAAGACGUUCAAGGUGUGGAUGAAGCCAAGGCCGAGUUGGAAGAGCUUGUGCAAUUUUUACGGGAUCCACAAAAGUUUACAGAGCUUGGUGGUAAACUUCCCAAAGGUGUGCUGCUUACAGGCCCCCCUGGUACUGGCAAAACAAUGCUUGCAAGAGCUGUAGCAGGUGAAGCUGGUGUCCCCUUCUUUUUCAUGAGCGGCAGUGAAUUCGAUGAAAUGUAUGUGGGCGUUGGUGCACGACGUGUACGAGAGCUUUUUGCUGCUGCACGAUCCAAGGCACCCAGUAUUGUUUUCAUUGAUGAGAUUGAUGCUAUUGGCUCCAAGCGUAAUCCAAAGGACCAAUCUUAUAUGCGACAAACAUUGAAUCAAUUGCUUGUGGAUCUUGAUGGAUUUUCUCAGACUGAGGGCGUCAUUUUUAUUGCUGCCACCAACUUUCCCGAGUUACUGGACAAGGCAUUAGUACGACCUGGACGCUUUGACCGCCACGUGAAUGUACCCCUUCCUGAUGUACGUGGUCGUAUUGAGAUUCUCAAGCAUCACACCAAGAACAUUCAAAUGGACAAUCAAGUGGAUGUUAGUGUGGUUGCUCGUGGCACACCUGGUUUCAGUGGUGCUGAUUUGGCCAACUUGGUCAAUCAAGCGGCAAUCAAGGCUACACAAGAAGGAUGUCGUGAAGUGACUUUGAAGCAUCUUGAAUAUGCCAAGGAUAAGAUCAUCAUGGGUGCUGAGCGACGAUCGGCAGUGAUUACAGAAGAGAGCAAAAAGCUUACAGCCUACCAUGAAGGUGGCCAUGCGCUCGUCGCAUAUUAUACCCCAGGUGCGAUGCCCUUGCACAAGGCCACAAUCAUGCCCCGAGGAUCAGCACUUGGUGUAACCGUACAAUUGCCAGAAAUGGACAAGGAUUCUUUUACGAAACGAGAGUAUCUUGCGCAAAUUGAUGUGUGCAUGGGUGGUCGUGUUGCAGAGGAAAUGGUGUUUGGUGCGGACAAUGUGACGAGCGGUGCCCAUAGCGACAUUGUCAAGGCAACGGAUGUGGCCAAGCGGAUGGUGCGUAAUUAUGGCAUGAGCGACAAGGUUGGACCCAUUAGUCAUGACGACGAGGAUAUGCAAUUGUUGAGUACGCCUACCCGUCAAGCCAUCGAAAGUGAAAUCAAGGAGCUUGUCGAGUUGUCAGAAAGACGUGCCAAGGAGAUCCUAUCUACGCAUCGAGAUGAACUUGAUCGACUCGCCAAGGCCCUUGUGGAGUACGAGACAUUGACAUAUGAAGAAAUUGUAGAUGUAUUGAAUGGAAAGCCAAUAACACGGUAG